UGGGGCGGGAGGAAGGGGAGCUCCGUGACUGCGGCCGGGGCUGGUUGGGAGCGGAGCGGCCGGGGCUGCCCCCGGGGCUCGCGGGGGCCAACGGGGAACGGACAAACGGACCAACGGACCAACGGCCCCUGCGCUUCGGCAGCAGCAGCGGCGGCAGCAGCGACUGUAGCGACGCGCUCUCGCUGUGACUCUUGUUCGUGCUCUCCUUGCUCGAGCUCUUCGUCCUCCUCUCCCUCUCCCGGUGUCCCGCUGUCCCAGUGUCCCUGUGCCGGUGUCCCAUUGCCGGUGUCCCUGUGCCAGUGUCCCACUCCCGCUGUCCCUGUCCCGUUCCCGGUCCCCCCCUCCCCUUGCCGGCCCGGCCCAUGGCCCCGGCCGUUCCCCUGUGCCGGGCGGGGCCGCCCCGUCCCCGGCCCUGGGCGGCCCGGCGCGGUCUCGCCCUCGCCCGGCUCCCGGCGCGCCGGCUGUGGCGCUGCUGGGCGCUCCUGUGGGGCUGGCUGUGGGACGGGCUCGGCCUCGCCGCCCCUUGGCUCCGCCUGGCUCGAGCCCGGCGCCUGCCGGGGCCGGCGGGGGCCGCGGGCGCCGCGGCCGCUGCCGCCUCCUCGGCGGCUUCCCCGGCCAGAGCUCCGCCGCUCGCCAGCCCGGCCGCCGGCAGCGAGCCGCCGCUGCCCGCUGCGGCUGGGGAAGCCCGGCCCGGGCCGCUUGAGGGGCGCUCGGGGGCCGUGCCGGGCCCCGGCCCCAACGCUGACGGCCACGUCUCGCCCGCACCGAAGGCCAAGGAGCCGCUGCACGAGCGCUACCGGCUGCAUUCGCUGCUGGGCAGCGGCGGCUUCGGCCGCGUCUACGCGGGGACCUGCCUGGCGGACGGAGCCCCGGUGGCCAUCAAAGCCGUGUCCCGGGAUGGCAUCCGGCGCUGGGGCGAGCUGCCUGACGGCACCCGGGCCCCCCUGGAGAUCGUGCUGCUGGACAAGGUGUCCAAUGGCUUCCCUGGGGUCAUCCAGCUGCUGGAGUGGUUCGAGCUCCCCAACGGGUUCCUGUUGGUGAUGGAGCAUCCGGAGCCGUCUCAGGACCUCUCUCACUUACUGAGGGCGUGGGGGUUCCUGCCGGAGGAGAUGGCGUGGGGGCUGUUCCGCCAGGUGCUGCAGGCCGUGCGGCACUGCACCAGCUGCGGCGUCCUGCACCGGGACAUCAAGCCCCAGAACAUCCUCCUCCACCUGGCUACCGGCGAGGCCAAGCUCCUUGACUUUGGAUGUGGCACCUUUCUUAAGGACACGGUCUACACCCAGUUUGCAGGAACACUGUCAUACAGCCCGCCAGAGUGGAUCUACCUCAAGCGCUACCACGGCGAGGAGGCGACCAUCUGGUCCCUGGGCAUCCUGCUCUACCAGAUGGUCUGCGGGAAGCACCCUUUCCGCAAAGGCACCAACACCAUCUGGGACCAGCUCCCGUUCCCAGCACGGGUCUCUCCAGGCUGCCAGCACCUUAUCAGGUGGUGUUUGUCCAUCCGCCCCUCGGACAGGCCAGCAUUGGAAGACCUUCUGUGCCAUCCUUGGGUGCAGGGCAUUCCCCUGCCCUAGGAGACGGGAGAGAUCCACGUGCUCCCUUUGA